AUGGACCAAAUGCUCCUCUGCUGGCUCAUCUCCUCCCUCACUGAACCGGUCAUGGCCCAUGUUGUCGGCCUCACCACAUCUCGUGAUGUGUGGUGUGCUCUGGAGAGGAUCUUUGCAUCGUCCUCCCGAGCUCGCGUACAGCAACUCAAGUAUCAGUUACACACUGUCAAAAUGGGUGCUACACCUAUAUUUGAAUACAUCCAGUCUGUCAAGUAUAUUGUGGACAACCUCGCUGCCGUGGCAAAUCCCGUCACCGACUCCGACCUCGUGUCCACCCUCCUCAGUGGCCUGUCUCCUGAAUAUGACUCGUUCGUCACCUCUGUCAACACACGAGUCGACCCUAUUUCCUCUGAAGAAUUGAUCGGCCUCAUGCUCAGUCAGGAGAUACAUCGUGGGCACACCCUCCCCAACCCUGAGUCUACCGGCCUCAUCUCUCUUGCAUCUGCAGUUCACACUGCUUCACGGACUUCGAGGUUCUUCUCUGCCUCGCCUUCGUCUUCCUUCCGUGGGCAUGGUCGAGGAUAG